AUGACUCAAAAGAUUCUACGCAGAGAAGUCCAACCAUCUGCUAGCAACAUGGUGAAGAUGGAAUGGAACGAUGAUAUACAAGAGAUGGCACUACAGUGGGCAAGCCAAUGCACGUUAAAACACAGUGAGGAAUCUGAUAGAACACUAAAUGGCACAUCCUGUGGUGAAAAUCUCUUCAUGUCAAGUUCCCUUGUGGGAUGGAAUGAAGGCAUUCAGACUUGGUAUAAUGAAGAAGUUAACUUUCUGUAUGCUUCUGGAGCAAAGACGACAGGAGCCGUGAUUGGCCAUUUCACUCAGGUGGUUUGGUAUAAUUCUUAUCAAAUCGGAUGUGCUAUUGCCUUCUGUCCAGACCAAGAAUACCAGUACUACCGGUACUAUGUUUGCCAGUACUGUCCUGGAGGGAACAUUAGAGGCAAGAUUGCCACCCAGAAAGCAGGAAAGCCCUGUGGGGACUGCCCAAAGGAUUGUGACAAUGGAUUGUGUACCAAUCCAUGCAAGGAUAACAAUGAUUGGGGCAACUGUGCGAGCUUAAAGGAUCAAGUGGGGUGUGAUCAUCCUGUAAUGAAAGGCUGCAAGGCUGCUUGCAAAUGUCUCACAGAAAUAAUAUAAGGCUCCUGAAUUUCUCACUUAUACCAACCAUCUCUUUGUAUUAAAAUAAUAAUAUGCUUUGCUAAAUUAGACUAUUGUUCACUUUUGAUUAUCACUGAUCCAUAGACUACUACAGGACAAAACCAUUUUAUAAGUAAAUUGUUU